AUGGGAAAGUCUAGAUUACGAGGAAGCUCGCCAGUCUACUUGAAUCCAUCCCCUACGGAGCUGUCUCCUCCGCCUUCGAUUUUUGAGGACUGGGACCAAGAAACUGCAAUGGACACUUCGCGCCCGACGAGCCUCGCCAUACCGCGAACAGGCUCGCCAUUCUCUAACCCGCCGUCACUAACAGAUAUUCUUUCCAAUUCGGCCCCACCACCAUGGACGCUUAGCUCUUUCAUGGCAUUUCUGUCCCAAAACCACUGCCUGGAAACCCUGGAAUUCAUCUUAGAUGCUGACCGGUACAGGGAAGCAUAUUAUCAGAUGAUUCAGCGUCAAACACCCAAUGGCCCGUCGCAAAUAUGUUCCCUGUGGCGGAAGGUCAUCGAUGCCUACAUUAUGCCGUGUUCACCCCGAGAGGUGAACCUCCCAUCACAUGUUCGCGACUAUCUACUUGAGCUGCCGUGCUACAAGGCGAGCCCACCUAACCCAUCUGAGCUCGACGAAGCGGUUCAGAUUGUCCGAGAGUUGAUAAACGAUUCUGUCCUCGUACCUUUUCUCGAAUCGGUACUGCCGCCAGUGCUAGAGACGCGCAUGGAGGAAGAGGUUCAUGACGCUAGGCAAGGACGCUCGCGUCUUCGAAUACCUAGGGACGUCUCGACUAGCGAUGAAGCGAGCACAUCACCCAGGGCAUCCUAUCUGCCGAUGUUUAUCAUGGGCAGCCGCAAUAGUGGCGCCGGAAACCGAUCAACAGCUACUUCAAUGGAGACAGUAGAUGUUGAUAUGAUGACCGACGACAGCAGCAGCCCCCACUCGUCUUCUGGGACUGAGCCAAUGACCCCGCCCACUACGCCCCCUACUUCAGAUUUCACGUAUAAUACAUCGCCUAGUACGCUACAACGAGCGAUUUCGGGAAACAGUUGGAAGAAGAUGGGAGCGAAAAGUAGCUCUAUACCACCAAAACAGGAAGCUGCAGAAAUCGAAUAUGUAUCCUGGGAUGAUCCUCACCCCGGCGAACGAUUGCAGAUUCCGCUCGGAGUGCCUGCCGGACGACACAGUUAUCCUCAGACUAUCAGUGGAGAUGCCAAGGGGGGCGUGGCCGUGAAAGCGGGGCACGCGCAUGAAGAAGGGUCGUUUACGACCGGGCGUAGUGAUCGCGGCCGUCGCCGUAACACUAAGCCGAAACAGUUAGAGAUACCCGCCAAAGUGGCAGAGGAGUCGGAAGCAAAGGGCUUUCCGUUUCUAUCCCCGCCGCCAUGUAGCUUUAUUGCACCUAUAUCACCAUUACACUUAUUACCUCUCCCUGAACCUCUUACUCAGUAUGAACCUGAGACCGACACGGAGACGGUAGUCGGCACCGAGACUGGAACUCUCGUCAGCGAUGGGGACAGAUCAACCACUACCAGCCGAACAUGUCUGAGUGACUUCUCUAAUUACCUUGGUAUUUGUCAAGGGAAAGAAGAAGAGGACUCUUCGGUCACUCUCGUUGACCCCGAGUCCUACAUGCGGACGAACUCAGUUAACGACGCAUACGGCUGGGAAGCAGAGCUCGACCGUAAAAUGCGGUGUAGUGUCAGUUCUGAAGCCAUGUGCCCCUAUCGCUGCGAGUACCAGCGGCCUGAUUCUGGAAAGCGUGGACUUCUCCAACGUGUUUGGUCAUCAGGGAGAAGGAUGAAUUUUUAA